AUGCAAUUUGAUAAUGACAGCGAAGAGAAGAGAGGCUGCCGCCCGCCGCCGGCCCGCCGGCCCGCCGCCGCUCCGCCGCCGGUUGCCGCCGACCUGCCGUGGUACCUACGGCGGCAGCUCGUCGCGGAUGUGGCAACGACGAAGCGCGAGGGCCAAGCGUCGACAUCGCCGGGCCGGCGGGCGCGGGCGGGGCGCGGGCGGGACGACCCCUCGUUUGGCGCGAAAGCCGAGUAUCUCGCCCGUCGCCCUUUCGCCGAAAUCUUCGCCUAUUAUGUAUCAAAGUAUGCAAAUGAAGCUCGACACUGGACAUUCGAAAAGGUCAAGGUGGCGGAGAGGUUCUGCCGCCGCCGCCGCUCGCCGCCACUCGCCGCCAUGCGCCCCGCCGCCGCGCUCGUGCUGUGUCUCGCAGUCGCGCUGGGCAGCGCCGCCCGCCCGCGCGCGCGCCCCGCCGCCCGCCCCGCCGCCCGCCGCGCCGCCGGCAGCAGCGUCGCGCCGCACCCCUUCGCGUCGCUGGCGCUGCCCGUGCUGCCCGUGCUGCUGCUGCCGCUGCAGGUGGCCGCGCCCGCCGCGCCGCCGACCGGCACAGAGUGCGACGCGCGCGCCCCGCAGCGCGACGAGGACGACUACGAGGACGUGGACGACGUCCCCCGGCAGAAGCCCCGCCGCCCGCCGGCCGCCGCCGCCGACCCGCCCGCCUACCCGGCGUACGUGGACGCCGACCGGCUCGACGAGACGGCCACCGGCCCGCCCGUCGCCCCCUCAGCGUCGUCGAAGGAGCUGCUGGAGCAGUUCCGCGCGCAGGCGCCCGCCGCGCCGCACCUGCCGCCCGCGCUGCUGUCGGCGCACGACGCCAGCGAGCGCGCGGCGCCGGCCGACGCGCCCGACGAGCCCGAGCCGGCGCCCGCGGCCGCCGGGCCCGCGCAGGGCUACCUGCCCGCGCUGGGCGCGAGCGCGCGCGCGCCGGCGCCGCCGCGGCCGCGCCUGCGCUCGCUGGAGCUGCGCGGCGCGCUGACGGUGCCGCACGCCGACUACACGGAGCCGUACACGGCGUGGUGGGACGCGGAGAGCGGCGCGGCGCGGGUGGACUUCCACGGCGGCGCGACGUCCACGGUGCGCGCGCCGCAGCCCGACGGCAGCGUGCAGCGCCUCGAGGUGCGCGUCGACCGCUCGGGCGACGGCGUCGUGCGGCGCUGCGGCCGCGCCGACGGGCCCGCCGACGCCGCCGACCGCGCGCCGCCCGCGCUGCCCGACCUGGAGCCCUUCGCCUUCGCCGGCUACACGGACGCGGACGGGCAGCGCGCCGAGCGCUGGACGCACACGCUGAGCGGGCGCGUCGGCGAGCUGGGCGCGGCGCGCGGCGAGGCGCUCACCUUCCGCCACGAGCUGCUGCUGCGCCGCGAGCCCGGCGACCUGGCGCUGCCGCUGCGCUACACGGUGCGCGUGGACAGCUCGCUGCUGGGCGCCGACUGCGACGGGUACGCGCACGAGUACGAGUCGGCGCGCGCGCUGCGGCCCGACCCCGCGCUGUUCGCGCCCGACGCGGCCGCGCUGUGCGACUCGCUGGAGCGGCUCAACGCGUCGGCGGCCGAGCACCGCGCGCGCCUGGAGCCGCUGCGCGAGUUCACGCUGCCGCACCGCGACCCGCGCUACGACGCCGUCGUGGAGCGCUUCAAGGCCGAGUUCGGGCGGCGCUACGCGGACGACGCCGAGGAGGCGCUGCGCCGCAACCUGCUCGUGCAGAACGUGCGCUUCACGAGCGCCGGCAACCGGCAGGGCGCCACGCACCGGCUGGAGCUGAACUUCCUGGGCGACCGACUCGCCGCCGAGCUGGACGAGCUGCUGGGCGUGCGCGCCGAGCCCGAGCGCGAGCGUGCCGAGUCGUUCCCGCUCGCGCGCGGGCCGCUGCGCGCCGCCGAGCGCGAGCUGCCCGAGCGCUUCGACUGGCGGGCGCGCGGCGCCGUGUCGCCCGUGCGCUACCAGGGCUCGUGCGCGUCGUGCUGGGCCUUCGCCGUGGCGGGCGCGGUGGAGGGCGCGCUGUUCGUGCGCACGCGCCGCCUCGUGCCGCUGGCCGAGAAGUGCUUGGUGGACUGCGCGCGCCCCUUCGGCGGCAACGGCUGCCGCGGCACGUGGCCCAGCCACGCCUACGACUACGUGCGGAGCCGCGGGCUGCCGGCGCGCGACGACUACCCGCCCUACGACGAGCGCGCGGGCCGCUGCGCCGAGCGGGACGCGCGCGCCGUGACGCGCAUCAGCGCGCACGUCAACGUCACGGCGCUCAGCGUGCCGGCGCUUCAGGUGGCGAUCAAGGAGCACGCGCCGUCCGUGGUGAUCAUCGACGCCAAGGCCAAGAGCUUCGUGUUCUACAAGAAGGGCGUGUUGUACGACGACCGCUGCGGCAAGGCGGGCGCGCGCCUCAACCACGCCGUGCUGGCCGUGGGCUGGGGCGCGCGGCGCGGCGAGCCGCACUUCGUGCUCAAGAACUCGUGGUCGGACGCGUGGGGCGAGCGCGGCUACGUGCGCGUGCAGGCGCGCGCCAACACCUGCGGCGUGCUGGCCAAGCCGUCCUACCCGCGCCUCGAGCGCGCCGACGUGCUGCGCACCUAGCCACACUCGCACGCACGUGCGGGGCGAGCGCGGCCACGUGCGCCAACACCUGCGGCGUGCUGGCCAAGCCGUCCUACCCGCGCCUCGAGCGCGCCGACGUGCUGCGCACCUAGCCACGCUCGCACGCACGUGCGGGGCGAGCGCGGCCACGUGCGCCAACACCUGCGGCGUGCUGGCCAAGCCGUCCUACCCGCGCCUCGAGCGCGCCGACGUGCUGCGCACCUAGCCACACUCGCACGCACGUGCGGGGCGAGCGCGGCCACGUGCGCCAACACCUGCGGCGUGCUGGCCAAGCCGUCCUACCCGCGCCUCGAGCGCGCCGACGUGCUGCGCACCUAGCCACACUCGCACGCACGUGCGGGGCGAGCGCGGCCACGUGCGCCGUCCUAUCCGUGCCUGGAGCUCCAUCGUACUAUUACUUGUUAUAAAUAAUAAAAUGAAUUUAGCUGCCAUGUC